UCGCUCAUUCACACCUCACCAACUCUACGCACAUCGCCACCACAAAUACGUCUACAACAUGGUUCGCGCCUCGACAGUCGCCGAAUCCCAGUGCGUCCACUUCAUGGUCGCUGAACACACUGCCAAGUUUACGGCUGGCAUCAUUGUCUAUGCCUUCUUCGCGGUCGAUGCCUUCUUCAAAAUGGCGGGCAAGGACAAGCACCCAGCGAUUUUGGCGUGGCUAGUUCUCAUUCUGUUCAGUCUAUAUGUCCUUACAGGCAUCGUCCUCGAACCUGUACAUGCGAUAUCCAAGAAGUACAAAGUCGACAAUGCCACCGGGCUCCAAUACAUACUCAGUUGCAUCUACCUACUGGCAUUUCUGUCGAUGUGUGCCGCAAUGCGAUUUGCAAUCCCGAAAGGCUAUCUACUGGUCUGGUCUUCCUUCUUUCUGCUACCGGUAAGUCCUGUCGGUAGAACCUGUAUCGACAAUUCUCGCUCUUCGUAGAUCUGUCGUAUGCUCUUUGCCCUCGCCAUCGAAGCUACGUU